CCUCCUCCUCCGCACCCUCCGCCUCCGCCGCCGCCUCCCCCCUGCGGCGGGAUUGCCUGUCACGGGGAACCCGCGAAGUUUUACGGAUACGAUAACUUACAGAGACAGCCGAUUUUUACGACCCAGCAAGAGGCCGAGCUGGUACAAUAUCCUGACUGUAAAUCGUCCAGUGGUAAUAUUGGCGAGGACCCAGACCACUUAAAUCAGAGCUCGUCUCCUUCUCAAAUGUUUCCCUGGAUGAGACCACAAGCAGCUCCUGGUAGACGGAGAGGAAGGCAGACCUACAGCCGCUUCCAAACCCUAGAGCUGGAAAAGGAAUUCCUUUUUAACCCUUAUCUGACCAGGAAGAGAAGAAUCGAGGUCUCCCAUACCCUGGCCCUCACGGAGAGACAGGUAAAAAUCUGGUUCCAGAACAGGAGGAUGAAAUGGAAAAAAGAAAACAACAAGGAUAAGUUCCCCGUGUCCCGGCCCGAGGCAAAGGACGGAGAACCCAAAAAGGAAGCCCGAGACCUGGAGGAAGACGGAGCCGAAGGCCGCACCGAUUAACUUCUAAACUUCACAGUUUUUACUACAGACUAUUGAGACUAACGAUCAGCAGAUGCUGGUUGGACACCGCCUUUCCCCCUUCCUUUUUGGAAAGGACUUUACCUGUGUUUCAAGCUACCUUAAUGCCACUGCUCUUGAGGUUUCUGCGCUUUGAAAGGGAUUUGGGCAUUUUUUAAAAAAUAGUUCGUAGUAUCGCAUAGAAGCAGUCCUUGAGCUGCCCUAUAGAAGGGUAAUUUGAUACCGACCUUGUAGCUAUAUUUUUAUAAUGGUGGUUUUUAAUGUCUGAGCUGGUGAUUUGCCUCAACAACGUAAACUUCCUAAUGAUCAGCACUAAAUGAUUGAGUAUAAAAUGCUUUAUUAAUCAAACAAGUGCACUUGAACAUUUUAAAUCUUUAUGGUGAGUGAGUAAAUUAAAAGAAGUCUAUUAAUAAUUUUUUUAAAAAAUUAUGCCUGCAGAAUAUUUACUUUAUAUUAUUUGAUGAAAUGUAUUAUUUAUAUUUUUCUUUCUGCUUUUGUAACGAUGGUUCGGGUGUCUUUUGGUUUACUUCCAGAAGGUUUCUUUGAACAUUUUUGUAAAUGUCUGUCAGGGAAGAGUCUGGGCCAGAUAUUGGAAAAGCACAUUACCUGAAGAGUGCAAUGUAUCGUCCAGGCUCUCGGUUUCCUUAAACGUAGGAGAGUGUUGUGCCAGUGAGGAGAGUUUAAGGAUAAUGUAAGAAUCGACGUUUAGCCGCGUUUCUGUAGUCCAUACAAAUGAUGGCAAUUGAAUAAUCUAGAGAAGUAAUACUUGAAAACUAACUGCAACCUUUUCAUUAACUUUGCACUCUGGCAAGUGGCCUUGCUUUCGCUUCGCACCCUGCUUGUCAUCUCCUGGGAGCUCUAGGUCUCGUGCUCUGUGUUUCUGCUUUGUCAAGUAGGUGCCAUAUUGAUUAGAGUUCUCUCUGCACUGCUCGCAUGCUCCUUUUAAGCCAGCUUGCUACGUUCAUCUCAGAUGUCGGUUGGUACGUCCGUCCUCUGCUGUUCUUCAGGAAAGCCACGACCUUACCUAUUUGAAACAAGCCCUGAGUGUAAACGCAGAAACUCGAGUGUAAACAACCGCUCCAGAGCAUAGCUCCUCAAUAAAGAAAUGUACCUCCUUAAA